AUUAUAACUUCACAAUUACAAUGUUAAUUAUUGAUAUUUAUAACAAAAAUAGCAAUAUAAAUACAUCGACACUGAUAGAAACAAACAAGCCCAAUAACAUAUAGUAUAUAGGUAUAGUCGCCUAUACAUCAUACCCUAUGUACGUCUCAAUACACUCACAGCUAAAUUAGAAAGUUGCGCACUACAGGUGCGCACCAAAAACGUGAAACUUUACCGGGCGCCUUAUAUAUGAAAAUCGAUUCUUAAGGAGUAAACUCCAAAAAAUAAUUGUUUCCGUAACAAUUAAUUGUUGUUGUAACACUUUUUUUGCAAAUAGUUAGUUACUGUUUUUACUCGCUAAGCUCAGAGUGAUUUCGCCUUGUUUUACAAAAGAAUAUUAAAUAAAUUUGAAAUCAAUAAAUAGACUAUGAUCUCUAAAAUAAGAUUUUAUUAAACAUAGCUUUAAAAUCUCAGAAGUUUGAACUGAAAUCUUGCUGAAACAAUAUAAUUCACACAAUUAUGUUUGUUUUGAAUUUCAAUUGUCAAAAUUUUACUUUCCAUUUGGCAAAACAGAGGUAAACUUUUUUCAACUCACAACAGCGAAAAAUGUUACCGGUUGGCAAUCAGGCGAACAAAUAAAUAGUUGUAGCAACCCUGUAUUUGGAAUUUAUUUUAUAUGGCAUCCGUGACAGCCUUUACCUGGUGGCAUCCUUCUACAUAUUUGUAAUGAAUAAAGUUUGCUGGUAGCACUAACUUUGCUUGUAUUCAUUGUGAGACAAAAGCAAAACAAAUGAUUUUUUCUCUCAAACAAUUUAACAGUUCUAUUUUUAUUUACACGAUAAAUUUAAAAGUAUUGAAGUGAGUUUUGCAACCUAAACAUAAAAAGUGCGCAAUAGUUUGAAUGCAAACAUUAGCCAAUAGAAGCAUAAAAUUUCAAGUUUAAGUAAGGCAAAGGAAAAUAAUAAAAAGAAGAAAUUACGCCAACGAUAACUUAUACCAAAAAAAUAGGAGUUAGUUAAACACCAAACAGCUGGAGGCCAAAAACUAGGCGCAGUAAUGAGUGGUGGUAGUGCGAAUUCGGAACGCGCCACCACGGGACAAAAUUCAACGACUGAUGGAAAUACUGUGGACCGAGUUAAUGGAUGGCUUUCGUUUAUUGUACCCAGCAUGCAGAGGAAGAUCACUAAACUAAAUUAUGAUUUAAUAGAGGAAUGCAAACGGUGUAAAGAAGACUCGAAUUUAUCUAAAAGUAUACGCGAUGAACUGGAAAGCUAUUGCCGUGACAUACGUCGGGAAGUCGUUAAGAAAGCGCGAAAUGGUUGCGCUCCUCUCUUUAUCGCCUGCAAACGGGGUUGUGUGCCUAUUGCGGAAUACUUGGUCACUGUAUGUGAGGCCGAUAUUGAACAGCGCGGCUUGUAUGAGGUACCUGAAGAUCAUACCUUUCAUUACGUUACACCGCUUUGGUGCGCUGUAGUGUCUGGAAAAUUGCCGAUGGUAAAAUAUUUAAUACGCAUUGGCUGUGAUAUAAAUGCAACUUCAGAUUCAGGUUCAACACCGGUGCGCAGCGCCUGCUUUAUGACACAUGUCGAAAUCGUACAAUAUUUGGUUGAAGCUGGUGCCGACAUCCAAAAACCCAACAUUAAUGGUGGCACAUGUCUGAUCAAUUCCGUGCAAUCACCACAAUUAUGUUUAUAUUUAUUGAAAAAAGGCGCUGAUGUCAACGCCAAAGAUAUACAAGAGAAGACUGCCCUACAUUAUGCCAUACAGGAACAUAGAUUAGAAACUACAAAGUUAUUAUUGGAGCAUGGAGCCGAUCCAUAUGUGAAAAGUCGCUACGGUGAUGAUGCCAUGCGAACGGCUUGCAUUAAAGGAGCAAGUCAAAUUUUCGAUUAUUUGAAAACACACUUAGAGUACUCAUCUGAACGCUUGGCCGAGGCUCACGAACUGAUCGGCUCUACAUAUUUGGACGAACAUAAUGAAACUAGAGUGGCGAUACUUCAUUGGCGAUUGGCACAUCAUAUUCGCGCUUCACAUACCCCCUACCUUCAAAAACUACCAAGGGUGCCACUUCGGCCAGCCUAUGGUAAUGCUAUUGAAUUUACAACACUUGAAGAGCUCGACAAUAUUGCCAUCGAUGUGGAUGCAAUGCGUAUUCAAAGUUUAUUGAUAUGUGAGCGCAUACUUGGUUUAACGCACAAAGACAUGCUCUUUCGUUUAACAUUUCGUGGUGCAUCAUAUGCGGACUCCCUGCAACUACAACGCUGUAUCGAUUUGUGGCGUCUGUUGUUAGAAGUACGUGUUACGCAUUUCUCUAUACUACAUUUCGAUACGUGUUAUGCCGCCCAAACAUUAGUACGUCUAAUGAUCGAUUUGCAUGAACGUUAUUUGCGGAAUGUGGAGCUGGAGCACCGCGAAGUGGAUAUACGUGAAUUUUUCGGUGAAGAAUUUGAAGAUGACGUGGGCAAAGAUGAGCAUUUGCCAGUUUUCGAAGAUGUAAUUGGCGUUUUUCGCCUACUAAGUGGUACGGUAGCAGAGGCACAACAGCUGUUGCAGAUUCGGCCAGUUUAUCGUAAACAGCAAGAGAAUUUCGAUCGCAUAUUAAAAUGCAUAGCGCAUUUGAUUUACCUAUUAUUAGGUACUUCGGAUACAGCUGACAAAAGAAAGGAUGUAUACUAUGCUGUUUACGAUUUGGUGCAUACGAGGGUGCGUAGCGCAUGUACUUACGAUACGUUGCUACAUUUGUGCGUUUCACGAUUGAAUGUCAUAAAGAGCGGUUACUUAAGCGAUGAGAACCACUUAAACAUUGUAUUUCCCAACGAUAUGGUUGUUAAACUAUUACUCGAUUGUGGUAUGAAUGUGAAUGCUAAAAACGAGGCCAAAUCAACGGCAUUACAUGUUGCUGUACAACCAUAUAAUUAUAGUAAUAGAAUAAUACAUUUAUUAUUGGAAAGGGGUGCGGAUUUAGAUCAGCCGAAUAAAUCAGACGAGCGCCCGUUUAACUUAAUCGCCGGCAAUCCUAUCAAUACAAUACCGUUAAUCAAUUAUAUGAAUCUCAGGUGUAUGGCUGCAACUGUAAUAAGUAAAUAUAAAAUUCCUUACCGCAAUCAAUUACCGAAAUUGCUCGAGAAAUUUGUCAGACAACAUGAACCUUAAAAAAAUACGUAAAUGUCAAUAGUAAAUGUUUGAAUGCAAAAUUUUUUUCAAACGUAAUUUAUAUAUCUACAUAAUAUCAUGAAAAAAUUACAUUAAUAAAGCAUAAAUGCGCAUAUGUUAUAUACAGACUUCAUAUACUUCAAUAAUAUGCAAAUAUAAGUGACUAAAUUGGAAAAAAAAAUUAAAGAGUGCAUGCUAAACCACACCGUCAGUGUUCGAAAACAAUAAGCUCUUAGCCUGACUAGUUUAACGAAGUUUGAAAGGCCGUUUUGUCACGCAUUUUUGUACUCAUUCAUUUGCUGAUAUUUUACUUUUUACAGUUUAUUUUUAAUCUGCUCAUCCACAAUAAAUUAUACCAAUACAAAAUAUUCAACAGCGCGCACGCAUAGAUAAGUGUGCAACUUUGAAUUGCAAUCAACUACUAAAACUAAA